UUCAUGUAAAUUAUAAGCACAAGCAACAAUGACAAAACAAUCUAUUUCUCUGGGUAUAAAUAAUUAAGAACCCCAGUCAGUUCAGUGAUCCACCACGAUUCAUCUUUGCUUCUCCCAUUCCUUCCCUCCCUCUCUCCCUCUCUCUCUCUCCGAGGCUUACCCUUAACCCAAAUAGUCAGCGCUGUCCUUUACGCAUCUCUUUUCUUUUUGGUUUGCUUCAAAUUUUGCAAACACUUUCUGAUUAUGUGUAGGGUCUGCAGAUGUCUCCCAGUAUUAUUGCUGGGUUUCAGGAGAGCAGUUGCUCUGUGCAUUUUGCCUUUGUGGGCAAGCAGAAAAGCUCUGACAGAAGACGGAGGAGACACUAGACAGGUCUCGAAGAAUACUACAGAAACUUCAAACCCAAGAACUACAGAAACUUCAAACCCAAGAAAACCAAAACAAGUUAAGGGUUUUAGAAAUCCUGAGGCUUCGAAGGAAGGAAUUAGUCGACUUACCAAGAAAUAUUGGCGCCAGCGAUACAGACUAUUCUCGAAAUAUGACCAAGGUAUCAAAAUGGACGAAGAAGGUUGGUUCUCUGUGACACCCGAAGAAAUUGCCAUUAGACAUGCUGGGAGGUGUACGGGUCAUGAGGUUGUGAUUGAUGCCUUCUCUGGAGUUGGAGGAAAUGCUAUUCAGUUUGCCAGAAAGGGUUGUCAUGUUAUUGCCAUAGACAUAGAUCCUGCAAAAGUUGCACUGGCAAUGAAUAAUGCAAAAGUAUAUGGAGUUGAGGAAUAUAUUGAUUUCAUUGUUGGAGAUUUUUUUGCGCUUGCUCCAUCGUUGAAGGGAGAUAUAGUGUUCCUUUCACCACCAUGGGGCGGUCCUUCUUAUAAAGACGUCCAAACAUUCACACUUGAGUUGCUUAAGCCAGUUGAUGGUUAUACCUUGUUUAAAGUUGCUCAAGCUAUAACUCCUAAUAUCAUUAUGUUUCUACCUCGGAACAUUAACCUAGAACAAGUUGCAGAGUUGUGUAGGCUGUCUUCUCCUCCUUUGGAGCUUGAGGUUGAACUCAAUCAUGUACAGAACUAUCUUAAGGGUGUGACUCUGUACUUUGGUAGUACGGUAGCUGCUCCUCCCAGAUUUUCUAUCAGAAUGUAAAGUGCUUCCAUAUGAAGAUUGUAAUUACUUAAUUACAGGCGUUAAUCUCUCUUAAAUGUAAAACUGUCUCCCAUAUUUAUA